GUGCGACCCGCGGCGGGCUCGCAGCCCCCCGGCAGCGGCGUCUCGAGAGGCGGCUGCCGCGGCUCCCACGGAGGAGGAGGCCGCCGAGCCGCCGAGCCCGGGCUGCGAGACACGAUGCGCCGCGUCCUCCGCUUGCUCGUCGGCUGCUGCCUCACCGAGCUGUGCGCCCGCGUGUGCCGGGCGCAGGAGCGAGCGGGGCACGGGCAGCUGGCACAGCUGGGCACGGGCGUGGUGCUCCUGGCGGGGACCAACCGCUCCGGGGCUGCCUCGGGCGGAGAAGCGAUCGAGGGCGCGGGGGUCUCGGACGCGCCGCCGCCCACCCGGGCACCCACGCCGGACUUCUGCCGCGGCUACUUCGAUGUCAUGGGCCAGUGGGACCCGCCGUUCAACUGCAGCUCGGGCGACUUCAUCUUCUGCUGCGGGACUUGUGGCUUUCGCUUCUGCUGCACCUUCAAGAAGCGGCGUUUGAACCAGAGCACCUGUACCAACUACGACACGCCGCUCUGGCUCAACACCGGCAAGCCCCCCGCGCGCAAGGACGACCCCCUGCACGACCCCACCAAGGACAAGACCAACCUGAUCGUUUACAUCAUCUGCGGGGUGGUGGCUAUCAUGGUGCUCGUGGGCAUCUUCACCAAGCUGGGGUUGGAGAAAGCGCACCGGCCCCAAAGGGAGCAUAUGUCCAGUUCUUACUGGGAAACGUCGGUAUCCAUCAAAAACCAGCCAAGAAAAACAACCUUGGGGGAAAAAGAAUAUGUGCCCCACAUUUCCUUGCCCUAG